AUGACAUACACCUUUGAAACAUACCAAACCCAAACCCACUACAGCUCCACCAUCGCUCCACCACAGCUCCACCACAGCUCCACCACAGCUCCACCACAACGCCACCACAGCUCUACCACAGCUCCACCACAGCUCCACCACAGCUCCACCACAGCUCCACCACAACGCCACCACAGCUCUACCACAGCUCCACCACAGCUCCACCACAGCUCCACCACAGCUCCACCACAGCUCCACCACAACGCCACCACAGCUCCUCCACAGCUCCACCACAGCUCCACCACAGCUCCACCACAGCUCCACCACAACGCCACCACAGCUCUACCACAACUCCACCACAGCUCCACCACAACGCCACCACAGCUCCACCACAGCUCCACCACAACGCCACCACAACGCCACCACAGCUCCACCACAGCGCCACCACAGCUCCACUACAGCUCAACCACAGCUCCACCACAACGCCACCACAGCUCCAUCACAGCUCCACCACAACGCCACCACAACGCCACCACAGCUCCAUCACAGCUCCACCACAGCUCCACCACAACGCCACCACAGCUCCAUCACAGCUCCACCACAGCUCCACCACAACGCCACCACAGCUCCACCACAGCUCCACCACAACGCCACCACAGCUCCACCACAGCUCCACCACAGCUCCACCACAACGCCACCACAGCUCCACCACAGCUCCACCACAGCUCCACCACAGCUCCACCACAACGCCACCACAGCUCCACCACAGCUCCACCACAGCUCCACCACAACGCCACCACAGCUCCACCACAGCGCCACCACAGCUCCACCACAGCCCCACCACAGCUCCACCACAGCUCCACCACAACGCCACCACAGCUCCACCACAGCGCCACCACAGCUCCACCACAGCCCCACCACAGCUCCAUCACAGCUCCACCACAACGCCACCACAGCUCCACCACAGCUCCACCACAGCUCCACCACAGCUCCACCACAACGCCACCACAGCUCCACCACAGCUCCACCACAGCUCCACCACAGCUCCACCACAACGCCACCACAGCUCCACCACAGCUCCACCACAGCUCCACCACAGCUCCACCACAACGCCACCACAGCUCCACCACAGCUCCACCACAGCCCCACCACAGCUCCACCACAGCUCCACCACAACGCCACCACAGCUCCAUCACAGCUCCACCACAGCUCCACCACAGCUCCACCACAACGCCACCACAGCUCCACCACAGCUCCACCACAGCCCCACCACAGCUCCACCACAGCUCCACCACAACGCCACCACAGCUCCAUCACAGCUCCACCACAGCCCCACCACAGCUCCACCACAGCUCCACCACAACGCCACCACAACGCCACCACAGCUCCACCACAGCUCCACCACAGCUCUACCACAACGUAUUUGUGACGUUAUUGACAUCCUCGUAG